GAUUUUUCAAGAUGGCGACCGCAACAGACACGAGAGGAAAUGUAGUUAAAAUGGACGUGGAUUUCUCGUCCACUGUCGAUGAACUGAUUCCAAACUGUGAAGCAUUAGUUAAGGUUAGAACGGGUCUAAAGCGUAGUUUAAGUUUGGGCUUCGUACUGUACAUAUUUCUCAAUUUGUACCGUGUUGAAAUUUGUAGUUUUUAAUUUAUUAAAUAUUACUUUUGUAAACUAUGUGCCAUCACUGCCAUGUGACUAUAUAUUAUACCUGAUAAGAUUCUUGAAUUAAUUCACAAGAAUAUAUCUCAUAUGUUCAAGUUCAAUGGAUCUUCUUGUUCUGUGGUUUUUGAUCUGACAUUUCAAUCUGACAUUACUUUGUUUCUGGUAGUUAAAACUAAAAUUUAGUAAUGCCUACCCUGGCACAAAACUAAAACCUCAUCACAAAAAUAACAGUCCAUUAUCACAGAGACAUAAAAAAACCUUUUACCACCAAAUCUAUUACAAGAAAAAAUGUGAAAAGAAUUUGGCUUGACCAGGAAUAGAACUUGGUAGUUCUGGGUUGGCAUACCACUGCUUUGCCCACUACACUACAAGGGAUAGCUUGAAAACAAACCGUAAAAACUUAUGCUUUGUAAUAUUGCUUAUAAUUAUAUGAAUGUGAAGGUAUGUUUAUACACAACGAUUAAUCGGGCCGAUUCAGCUUUAAUUAAAUGAUAUUUGGAAGAAAAAAAAACGUUAUCAACAUCAUCUGACAACAUUAGUCAUUAACAUUCUGCAAAACAUGAAAUUGUCGGCCGAUUAAUCGUUGCGUGUGAACGUUCCUUUAAAGUCAAAUGUUAAAAUGUCAGCUUGCUUAUGCCAAUUUUUAAAAAAAUUUUAUAGGAAGGUAAAUUGCAUCAAGCUUUGGAAAAUCUUCUGUCUCUUGAAAAACAAACAAGACUUGUAAGUCCCAGUAUUCUAGUCUCUCUUUCUCAAUAUAUCCGUGUUUCACCAUUCUCUGUUUCAUUCUUAAUUUUUCUUUUUCAUUUGUAAAACCAUCAUGUGUUAGACAGUAAAAUAAUAAAGUAGUGCCCAUUACAGCUUAAGUUAAGUUUAAUCAAUUAAGUUGCAUUACGCCCUAUGCGCCCUACUUUAUUAUUUUACUCUUUUGUGUACCAUAUUGCAUCAAUGUAUUAUGUAACUCAUUUGCCUUUUCUUGUCAACAAAGGGAGCAGACCUCGCCUCAACCAGUCGACUGCUGGUUACAGUCAUCAAGAUGUGUUUUGAACAAAAAGAGUGGGAACUCCUGAAUGAGCACAUCCUUAUUUUGACAAAGAGAAGAAACCAGCUGAAACAGGCUGUUACUAAGAUGAUCCAAGAAGCUUUUACAUAUGUCGAUCAGACGCCAGAUAGAGAAACAAAACUAAAAUUUAUUGAAACACUACGAACUGUAACUGCCGGAAAGGUAGAGGGGUUUUUCAGCUUUUUUGCUGGUUUUAUUUUUGCACAGAAGAUUAAAUUUACCUAUACAGCUUGGGUUGCAGCUUCAGAGGCUGUUCACCCCUGCCAGAUUAUAACCUUUACAUAGUACCUUGUUUGAGAAUAAUAGACCAGACUGCAUCGAUUAGUAAAAGAUGGUUAAUUUAACAAUUGUGUCUUCACAAUCUUUUUCACAGUUUUUUGUUUUGAACUUUUUUUUAUGUUGCUGAGUUUCUGACAGGGAAAAAAUUGUUUUCAUGUCACAAAUUAACUUGAACAACUUCAUUUUAACUGCCUUGAAAGUGUUUUGGGGGGACAGUUAAUAGUUGUAAAAAACCGUUAGUGCAUGGGUAGAUAGCAGUACACUCUCUGAUUUUACUUCUGCAUCACUCACUGUUUAGAUAUAUGUUGAGUUAGAGAGAGCACGACUGACAAAAAUCUUGGCUACCUUGAAAGAAGAGGAUGGGGAUAUUUCAGGUUCGUCAGUCCUCAUUCCACAACAUUGCAAUGAGAGUAAAAUUCCUAGUUUCCAUUUAGUCAUACAUGUAACUGUCAUUGCAUUGUGUCUCAAUGUACCACAUACCACCAAUUUUAUAUACAUUAUGAUUAAGUAAAAUCAUGUAUUUUUUUUUUAAGUAAAAUCAUAUAUUUUUUUAUAAUUAAGUAAUAAAUCAUGUAUUUUUUUUCUAUUUCAUGAAAAACAGAGGCAGCAGAGGUCUUACAAGAGCUUCAGGUACUUAGGAAGACUAACAAUUUAGCUUUAUUACAUUACAGUGCAAAGCUUCUGACCAAACAACACUAAAAAAUUUAUGUGGUAUUUUGUUAGGUUGAAACUUAUGGUUCGAUGGAGAAGAACGAGAAAGUGGACUUUAUUUUAGAGCAAAUAAGAUUGUGUUUGGCGAAAAAGGAUUACAUUCGAGCACAGAUCAUUAGCAAAAAAAUUAGCAUCAAGUUUUUUGAAAAUAACAAUGAACCAGUAAGAACGUGGUUUAAUAAAAAAUUGGCUUCAGAUGGUAUGGGAUAGCUCUGUCAGAUCUAAACGAAAACUCACUUGCAUAUUUUUUCUAGGAUCUUAAAUUGCGAUACUAUAAGCUGAUGAUAGAGCUAGCUCAACAUGAUUCAGAUUAUCUCAAUAUCUGCAAGUAUUAUCAUGCUGUAUAUAACACCCCUGCAGUUCAACAAGACCCAAACAAGUGGCAAGAGGUGGGAAAUAACUCUUGAGAGCCUGCUUGCAGGCUACUCUCAUUUCUAUUAUAUGUGUGCAUGUAUAUUUGGAUUACUUACUAAUGCAUCAGUCGGUUGGUCAGAUGGGUGGUCAGCCAUUCAGUCAACUAGUUGCUUGGUUGGUUGGUCAGUUUCCUGGUCACUUGAUCAGACAAGCAGUCACUCAGUCGGUUGGUUGGUUGGUCAGUUUCCUGGUCACUUGAUCGGACAAGCAGUCACUCAGUCGGUUGGUUGGUUGGUCAGUUUGCUGGUCACUUGGUCGGUUGGUCAGACAAGCAGUCACUUUGUCGGUUGGUCAGUCAUUAAGUCAGUUGCCGAUCCGUUGGUUGGUCGGUUAUUCAGCCAGCCAGGUGGUCAAUUGAUUGGUCAUUCAGUCAUCAAGUCCAUCAGUUGUUUAGUCAUUUAGCCAGAUGGUUGGUUGGUAGGUCAGACGGUUAGUUGGUCAGUCAAUUAUUCAGCCAAACAGUUGGUCGGUCGGUCAGGUGGUCAGUCCCGUCUGCACUAUUUUACCCCUUAUAUUUGUAACGACCCUUUCCAACAUGAUCUCCAAAGUUUCAGUUUGAAAAUUUCUUAGGCUUUAAAGAAUGUCGUUCUUUAUCUUAUCCUGGCGCCAUAUGAUAACGAGCAAUCGGACUUAACGCAUCGCAUUAACGAAGAGAAACAGUUGGAACAUAUCCCAAUAUAUAAGUAAGUCAUGAUUAAUUUACAUGGAUGACAGCA